CGCAGGCGCCGUGAGAGGCGGUGAAGCCGGUGGCCGGUGGCCGGGCGGGACCAACAAAGAUGGCGGCAGCCCCUGCGGCGGGAGAGAUCUGGGCAACAGCUGCAGCGAAAGCUGCAGCCCGGCCCUCGGGGGGGCUGCACGGGGGUAGUAGGGGGUGGCCCUGAGCUGGGGCUUGGCCCCGGCUGGCCUCCCCCGUCGCCUCACCGGGGGACAGGUCCAGCCUGUGGUGUCCACAAUGCCCCAGGCCUCUGAGCACCGCCUGGGCCGGACCCGAGAGCCACCUGUUAAUGUCCAGCCCCGAGUGGGAUCCAAGCUACCAUUUGCCCCACGGGCCCGAAGCAAGGAGCGCCGAAACCCAGCCCCCGGGCCGAACCCCAUGUUAAGACCUCUGCCUCCCCGGCCGGGGCCCCCUGAGGAACGGCUCAAGAAACUGGAGCUGGGACGGGGUCGGACCUCAGGCCCUCGUCCCAGAGGACCCCUUCGGGCAGAUCAUGGAGUUCCCCUGCCUGGCUCACCACCCCCGACCACCGUGGCUCUGCCUCUCCCUUCCAGGACCAACCUAGCCCGUUCCAAGUCUGUGAGCAGUGGGGACUUGCGGCCUAUGGGGAUUGCCCUGGGAGGGCACCGUGGCGCUGGGGAGCUCGGGGCUGCUCUGAGCCGCCUGGCGCUCCGGCCUGAGCCACCGGCUUUGAGACGCAGCGCUUCUCUCCGCCGCCUCGGGGGCUUUCCCGGUCCCCCAACCUUGCUCAGUAUACGGACGGAGCCCCCUACUUCCCAUGGCUCCUUUCACGUCAUAUCGGCCCGGCCCUCUGAGUCUUUCUACUCCGAUGACAAAAUGGCUCAUCACACACUGCUCCUGGGCUCUGGUCACGUUGGCCUGCGAAACCUGGGGAACACGUGCUUCCUGAAUGCAGUGCUACAGUGUUUGAGCAGCACUCGGCCUCUUCGGGACUUCUGUCUGCGGAGGGACUUCCGGCAAGAGGUGCCUGGAGGGGGUCGAGCGCAAGAGCUCACUGAAGCCUUUGCGGAUGUGAUCGGUGCCCUGUGGCAUCCUGACUCCUGUGAAGCUGUGAAUCCCACCCGAUUCCGAGCUGUCUUCCAGAAAUACGUUCCCUCCUUCUCUGGAUACAGCCAGCAGGAUGCCCAAGAGUUCCUGAAGCUCCUCAUGGAGCGGCUGCACCUCGAAAUCAACCGACGAGGCCGCCGGGCUGCACCAAUCUUGGCCAGUGGUGCGGCUGCCUCUCAGCCCCGCCGCGGGGGGGCUCUGCUAGAAGAACCAGAGCUGAGUGACGAUGACCGAGCCAACCUAAUGUGGAAGCGUUACCUGGAGCGAGAAGACAGCAAGAUUGUGGACCUGUUUGUGGGCCAGUUGAAAAGUUGUCUCAAGUGCCAGGCCUGUGGGUAUCGCUCCACGACCUUCGAGGUUUUUUGUGACCUGUCCCUGCCCAUCCCCAAGAAAGGAUUUGCCGGGGGCAAGGUAUCUCUGCGGGAUUGUUUCAACCUUUUCACCAAGGAAGAAGAGCUGGAGUCAGAGAAUGCUCCAGUGUGUGAUCGAUGUCGGCAGAAAACACGAAGUACCAAAAAGUUGACAGUACAAAGAUUCCCCCGAAUCCUCGUGCUCCAUCUUAAUCGAUUCUCUGCCUCCCGAGGCUCCAUCAAGAAAAGUUCAGUAGGUGUAGACUUCCCGCUGCAGCGACUGAGCCUAGGGGACUUUGCCAGUGACAAAGCCGGAAGCCCCAUCUAUCAGCUGUAUGCCCUUUGCAACCACUCGGGCAGCGUCCACUACGGCCACUACACGGCCCUGUGCCGGUGCCAGACUGGCUGGCACGUCUACAAUGAUUCUCGUGUCUCCCCUGUCAGUGAAAACCAGGUGGCGUCCAGUGAGGGCUACGUGCUGUUCUACCAACUGAUGCAGGAGCCACCCCGGUGCCUGUGACACCCCCUUUACGCCCUGGCACCUGUGACGCCCUUUCAACACCCUUAAGCCCCAGGCUCCCCAUUUACCUCAGAGACGUCUAUUUUUGUGUCUUUUUAAUCGGGGAGGGGGGAGGCGGUGGUUGUAGCUCCCGUUAUUUUUUUUAUUAAGAAGUACCCUUCCACCUGGAGGCUCCCUCGUCUCCCAGCCCCAUGUACAGAGCUGCCCAGGUCCCUGCCCGUGUACAGCCCCCAGACCCUCUACAACCUCACUUUUUGUGAAUAAAUUUAUUAAGAAAAAGUGACGUCCUUCUCUGUAUUUGCGCUUAGGGGGCAGAUAAGAGAACCGGCGGAACGGGAGUCCCCCUGGGACCCAGUUCCCUCUCUGGACAGA